ACUGCCAUCACCCCUCACCCUGUGGCCAUCCUCACCACCCCUCACCCUUCUUCAUCACUCUGGCACUUCGCACCUAAAACUCAAGCUCUUUCAAUUCAGAGAUCGUGUCCAGAUUUGAAAAUCCCUAGUGUUUGCAUGUUUUUCCUUGAACAUCGCAUCCAUUUUAUAAACUACACACCUCCAUAAGUUCUGGUGCAGAAUUUACUGUAGAAUUCAUUGAAGUCGUCGUUGAAGAAAGUGAACCUGAAGUAUUACUGCCGAAGUACCUUGAUAUUGUAAUGGCCACAAAGGCAUUCAACCAUGCACUUGUUGUCUUCUUCUCUUCUUCAACUAAAAAACAUGCAUUCAAGGAGAAAAUUCGGAAUUCUUGAAAAGCACAAGGACUAUGUUGAACGUGCACAGGCUUACCACAAAAAAGAGGAGGCUUUACGGAAACUCAAGGAAAAAGCAUCAUUCAGGAACCCAGAUGAAUCUUACUUCAAGAUGAUUAAGACAAAAACUGUUGAUGGAAUUCAUAAACUGGAGAGUCAGGCAAACAAAUAUACUCAAGAAGAACUCAUGCUAAUGAAGACCCAAGAUAUAGGAUAUGUUCUGCAGAAGGUUCGAAGUGAAAAAAAGAAAAUUGAAAAGCUAACCGCCAUGUUGCACUCUCUUGAUAAUCAGCCAUCAAACAGACAUUUGUACUAUGCUGAAGACAGGGAGGACGCUAAGGAGAUACAACUACGAAAUUUAGAAGGUGGAAUAGUGCCUGCAUUAGACGACAUACCUGGUCGUAUUAAAAGGAAGACAGCUGCUUCCUUCCGAGAGUUAGAGGCAAGAAAAAGCAGAGUAAAUGAGUUGGAGAGACUAUACAUGGAUAUGGCCUUGCAAAAAGAAUUACAGAAGAAGGGUCGGAAACGCAAACUUCGUGAAGAUGAGAUUGUCUGUCCAACCUCCAAGCCAGUGUACAAGUGGCGUUCAGAACGAAAGCGAUGAAGUGAGUUUUCAUUUUUAGCCAUUGGAUUUAUUAUUUUAUCUGUUUUAAUAACUUAAUAAAUAUAUAUUUCAUAAUAUUGGGCUAUUGUCAAUGAAUGAGGUUGAGAUCUUCAUACCAAGAGCUCCACAUCUGUUGAAGCUUCAAUCUUUUCUGUGACUUCGUCACUCAAAUGAGCAUUCAACUUCAGGAUGAACUGUUUAUGAUCUUGAAAGGAAGUCGUGGAGACGUGCAUUCAUCACUGCAGAUCUGCAAGCAAAAUUUUACAAUUUGGAAACUGGCUGAUACCUUUUGCACUUCAGAUAUGUAUGUUGAACGCCAUGUGAACGAUGUAAAGUGAUCUAUCGGCCUCUCAAGCACUGCAGAUAUGAUUACUUAUUUAUUAAACAAUUAAUGAAAAGCUAGGGCUUAGUCUUUUUGAUGGAUUUAUUUAAGCAAAUUUAUCCACAUAUGGUUUGGUUUGAUCCAUUUAUUAUUUAUCUUUUCUGAAAUUGUUUGUACCUGUACCCUCUCUUGUCAUGCUGGUGAUCGUUAUUAUUUUUGAAUGGGGCUAUAUAAAUUCUUACUUUUAUUGUAUGUUAUUUUAGGUGCUCUAUUUAACUUUUUAAAAUCAUUUUUAGUAACUUUAUUUGUUAGGAAUGUCGAUGUAAGUGUUCAAACCAUCAAAGUUUAUUUUUUUUUAAUUAUUUUUCUGAAGUUGUGUAAAGUUGCGAAUAUUUUUGGCUUGAACCACAAAUAUAUGGUUGAUAGUGCACUUGCACCAUAUCAUUUAGUAUAAUGUAUGGGGUAGUUAACUUAGAGGAGUCCACAGGUUGCAUCUCUUUCAUUAUUUUCU